UCUGAGAAGGAAACUGCAUCUUCGGCUACUGCCCCGCCACGAGAGGACCUGGGGUCGCGCUGGGCGCCGACGGACGCUCCGAGCGCCCCCACGCCGCCCCGCCCGGCCGGUCGCGCCCCGUCAGGUUCCCCAGCCACAGCCGUACCUGCGGGCUCCUGGCUGCCUAGGGCUUCCAGAAGAUGCUCGAGCCACCGGCCGGGGACUCGGGGCAGCAGUGAGGGGGGCAUCCAACGCCCCACUCAGCUCUUCUCCUCCUGUGCCAGGGGCUUCCCCGGGGGAUGAGCAUGGUGGUUUUCCAUUGGAGCCCCCUGGCCCGGGAUGUCUGAGAAGAUGCCUGCCAUGAGGCUGUUCACUUGCUUCCUGCAGCUCCUGGCUGGGCUGGCGCUGCCUGCUGUGCCCCCCCAGCAGUGGGCCUUGUCUGCUGGGAACAGCUCAUCAGAGGCAGAAGUGGUGCCCUUCCAGGAAGUGUGGGGCCGCAGCUACUGCCGGGCGCUGGAGAGGCUGGUGGACAUCGUGUCCGAGUACCCCAGCGAGGUGGAACACAUGUUCAGCCCAUCCUGCGUCUCCCUGCUACGCUGCACCGGCUGCUGUGGCGAUGAGAACCUGCACUGUGUGCCGGUGGAGACAGUCAAUGUCACCAUGCAGCUCCUGAAGAUCCGCUCUGGGGACAGGCCGUCCUACGUGGAGCUGACAUUCUCGCAGCAUGUGCAGUGCGAGUGCCGACCUCUGCGGGAGAAGAUGAAGCCAGAAAGGAGGAGACCCAAGGGCAGGGGGAAGAGGAAGAGAGAGAAGCAGAGACCCACAGACUGCCACCUGUGUGGAGAUGCUGUUCCCCGUAGGUAACCAGCCCCUUGGAAGAAAGAGACCCCACACCCGGCUCGUGUAUUUAUUACCGUCACACUGUCGGUUACCUCCCUGCUGGAACCUGUCCUCUAUUUAUUAGCCAACUGUAUCCCUGCUGAAUGACUCGCUCCCUUCAAGAUGAGGGGCACGAAGGGACAGGACCCUCAGGAAUUCAGUGCCUUAACGUGAGAGAAAGAAAGAAGCCAGCCACAGACCCACGGGAGCUUCCACUUGGGAAGAAGCAACACAUGCGGCCUUGUGAGGGGCAAGCCAGUCUCCAGAGGCCCUGGGGGUCUCCAGAGGACUAAAGAAAAGAAAAGAAGGGGCCCCACCACCUGUUCCUGGGCCCCGGGCACUGCACAGACAAGCUGCCCUUGCUUUGGGAGCUCCUGGCCAAGGAAGGGGAGCAGGGGCCUGCUGUCGCCGCCUUGGCCCUGGGUGGGAUGGCAGGCAGCGGGCGGAGGGGACCCAGCCACUUCCUCCUCUUCCUGGCAGCAGCCCUUCACCCUGGAGAUCAGAACAUUCAGCUCUGGAGAACAGUGGUUGCCUGAGGGUUUUUGCCACUCCUUGUCCCCUGUGGCCUCUCCUCACAUUCUGCCACCUGCUUACGCUGGGACAUUGUUCUUUCCAGCUGAGGCGCUACCCUCCUGCCCCCUCUCAGGGACACACGCAGAGUGGGCCCAAAGGGACAAGGAGCAGCCCAGUCAGUGGGAAUGAGGUCACCAGGGGAGGAGCCUGUGUGUCCCAGCUGAAGGCUGUGGCAAGGGGAGCAGGUUCCCCGGGGGCCCCUGCGCCCCACAAGCUGCCCCUGAGGGGCCGUCCGACUGCCCAGCCAGAUCCUCUCAAAUAAAGUAUUCUAGUCUGGAAA